CUUUAGGCAGCAAGGCUGGACUCCUGCUCAAACACUGCAGUCUUUCUUUUGCUUCUCUGAGGGAACUCUCUUCCCCUUCUUGCUGUCUGUCUCUCCUUCUCUCGCUGAAUUGCCAUGACCCCAAUGGAUACCUUGAUCUCCUUUCCCACCUAGAGAAGAGGAGAAAAUCGCUGUAGCGGAGGAAGGAGAGACGAGAGGAGGCGACACCGCACCGUACACUUUGCCUCAGUGAUGAGAGUCUGGAAAUUAAUUACCGUCAGCACAGAGGGGGCAGAGUGAGAGGCACAGUAAUAGAAUAAGAGAGAGUUGCAAAGGGUGACUUGCUAGAUGUGUGAAGAAUAGGCUGUGAAGACACGCAGAGUAACCCCUAGACACUUUCCAGAGGCAAAAAGGACAAGUUAGAGAGGAUGCAUGAAGCAAGGAAGAAAUUAGGCAUGGCCAUAUCUCCAGAGGGACGCUAAUUUGAGAAGUCAAAGAAUAGAUCACAAGUUUCAUUCUUUUUUUUCCAUUAUUCUUUCCACUCCUCUCAUCCAUGACACCAUACUCAUCUCUCAUCCCGCUCUCAGUUUUCAUUCUCUCCUUUUGCAUGUCAGCAAAAGCACAUCAGCAGCCUACGACCACACGCUGAACACUCUCACAUAACUGAAACCACAGCAUCGCAUUCUCAGUGGACAUAUCCUCUGUUGUUGAGUAAAAGAAGUUGCUUUGGCCAAACCCAGGGCUGCUGUUACUUGCUGGCCAGGAGCACCUGCUCAGGAACUCCUCGUGAGACCAGGUAGGAUGCUUCUGGAUCAUUUUGCCAACUCUCAGCAGCUGGAGCAGUUGAGCUCAUCAGUUGUUUGUCUGAUUGAAUUGUUAUGAGAUGAAACUGCAAACCAGCUUAUCUCACAGAGCACGACACCUGUGUGAGGGAUUAUACAGAGGGAAUCAGGAAAGUGCAGAUAUAUUAUGUGUAUGGUGGGACUAUGUCCUAAAUACACAGACAUAUACAGGUGUUGUGGCAGGAUUAUGCAAAGUCCCCUGCUGAAUAUAAUAAUGCAAGAUUGAAGUAAAAAAUUGAAUUUGAAUAAUUAGUUAGCACAAUAUCUCCUAGGUAACAAUCACAUCUGCAGUCCCAGGGUUUAUUAGGAACCAAAAUCAUUUUGGAGAUUGAACAAUUCCCCCAGCAGCCCUAAGUGGAUUACCUCCUGGUCCCCUACUGUACUUUACUCAGACGUGAAAAGCACCGAGUGACUAUUAAAGACUUCUGGCGGCUGCCUGAAAUUCCAUAAUGAGACGCUCAAGCACAGACGAGACUCCGUAUCGGCGCAGUCCAUCCCUGGACAGCAAACCCGACACACCACCGUUCACCUCUGGCUUUCACCGCUUCAGUGGAGAGUUUGAGUAUAAGCGGCCACCUUUUGCUUUCGGCUUCCACACAACAAAGGGGCCGCAGAACUCCAAGGGGCGCUACGCCCAGGGGAAGAAGUAUGUGGUGUUUUACCUGGACCUCUCCUUCAUAUUCCUCCUAGAAUUGCGGCGCUGCAGGAUGGCUGAGGGUUGCAUGAUGGCCCUGCGUUAUGGAAUGGUCUUCUUCAACCUCCUUUUCUGGCUGGGAGGAUGUGGCAUCCUGGGGGUGGGGGUUUGGCUCUCAGUGACCCAGGGAAACUUUGCCACCUUAUCAUCAUCCGUCCCCUCUCUGUCAGCAGCGAACCUGCUCAUCACAGUAGGGACCAUCAUUAUGGUGAUUGGCUGCCUGGGAUGUGUGGGAGCUGUCAAAGAAAGCCGCCCGUUGCUGCUCACGUUCUUCAUCCUCCUCCUGCUCAUCUUCUUCCUGGAAAUUCUGUCAAUCACGCUGUUCUUCAUCUACCAAGAUGAGAUUGAUCAAUACGCGCAGAGGGAUCUGAAGAAGGGCCUCCAGCUGUUUGGCACCGAGGGAAACGUGGGUUUGACCAACGCCUGGAUGAUUGUACAAACUGACUUUCGUUGCUGUGGCGUCACCAACCACACAGACUGGUUCGAGGUUUAUAAUGCCACACGCGUGCCAGACUCCUGCUGCCUGGAGUACAGCGACAACUGUGGACUAGACAACCCGGGAACAUGGUGGACAGCACCGUGCUACGAGCGGGUGAAGGAUUGGCUUAAUGAGAACCUGGUGGCGCUCUGGAUCUUCGCUCUAUGCACAGCACUCACUCAGAUCCUGGGUCUUGUCUUCUCUAUGACAAUGUUCUGCCAAGCAGUGAAAGUGGAGACAUUCUACGCCUAGCGACUGACCCCUCUGCCCUCCAGAGUGCUUGGAUUGUUUCUCAUUAGAGAGAGACAUGUAUAGAUCCAUCCUCCCUGUCCUCCUUUUCCUCCAUUGACAAACUCUUGCUUGUCCUCUCUGUGACAUUUGCUCUCAGAUGUCAGUCCAGUUUUUCUGCUCUCAGCCAACGCAGUGUCAGUGUUAUUUCUCACUCAUAUGAUUUGCUCUGUGUUAAUAGCUAAUUUCUGUGAUACAUUUUAUGAAGCAGUAUUAUAAACAUGUAUUGAAAAAAAACAACAACAGUGUAACCCUUUUUUGAUAUGGGCUUUUGUUUUAAAUUAUUUUCAGAUUUUUAUGUGUUUUCAAAGUGGGAGUUACAGUUGAAAAAAGUGUGAGUGCAUGUCUCCUGCAGUGAUGUGUAUUAAAUGUUUUGGCUCGACAAA